AUGUCAGCAAGAGAAGAUCUUCAGUACUUGGAAACUUGGAUCCAUCGAUUCGCGCACACGGAAUAUCGUUAUGUCGACUUUACUAUUCUGGACAACCUCUACGUCAUCUAUAUCCAGCACACGCGCUGCAAUUUCGAAGCUAUUAUUGAGAAACUACGUUUGCAACUCCAACGCUGUGGUCCCGUCCUGCCGUUGACCAUCCUUUGGGUGACCAUCGCUACUGAGCAUCAUAUAUCGCGAUUAUUCUGGCUCUUUAUCGAGAACGAUGUGCCAUUCGACCGUCGGAAGACGCUCACGGUGAAAGCGCAGGGAGUGUUUCCGAGCCCAAUGCUCGCGGAGGGUAGACUGGGAGAGUUUACAAGCUUGAAGGCGCUGGGGAUCCCGGAUACACAUCCUCACCUUUUCUUCCACCAUCUGGAAAAGACACGAGAUUUUGCAGAUCUCAAGGAGGUUGACAUUGCUGAGGAGACUCUCCCGCACGAAGAGCUUACGAGGGCUCUACCACGAGUCAUGGGUGCAGUCAAGAAUCUCACUCUAAAGGUACCAUCGAGAUUCUCUUCUGGUCUCCGGCCAAACGUGACCGCUCUCAAAUGCGGAACACUGCUCAAUCACUGCCCCUUGCCUCACCUCAAAGAACUGUCCGUCAAAGUAUGCUCCGUCCACCUCAACCCAUCGUACAUACCGCGCUUAACACACCUCGAAAUCUACUUUAGCCUCUCCCGGCAAGUUGACACCGUGCUCAAGUUUCCAGCGCUGACAUUCCUGAUCCUCGAGUGCGGAAAAAACGAUCUCCAACCGCUCACGUGGCUCUCCACGCCCAAUAUCACUAUACUCAAGCUCACCCGCUUGACACUGUCCGAAUCGUUUUCCCGCCCCGAUGCGCCUCCUAUCACGCGGCUCAGCUUUCUCACUUAUCCGCGCGUCGCUGAUUUGCAGAUUGAGAUUCCACUGGACACAGGGGAACUUCGUGCACUUUUACCUCACUCCCCUGCGACUAGAGAUAUGAUCAUCCCAUUCAAUGUAUCUGCUCUCGAAGGGCUGGAUAUUGUCUUAUUCGACUUGCUAGCAGAUUAUAGCCCCAUAUAA